UUUGACAGAUGGCGCGGAAUUAAUACUGGCGUUUAUUUCCUAAGCUUAAUGAAAUUGGAGUUGUCGCGACAGAUGUCUGGCCAGAAGUAUACCCGGACCAACUUUGAAGAGGAUGAGAUGUCAGGUGCUGGUACCCCUCCACUUGGGGAGUUCACCACCACUGUCGUCUACAAGCGGGGGUCUAAAAUCUUCGGGGGCCGCCGUACCGUGCUGGAAGGGGUGCUGCUGUGCAUUGUGGUCGUCACCUCACUGGUGAUCAUUAUCCUGGCAGCCUUGCUCGCCUCCCGAGACCAAGAGCUGCAGCGGACCUCAGCUGCCCUCACACCACACACCGCUGGACCCAAUCCCUCCCAGGCAUCAGACACACACACCACCACACAGCCAGCACUAACACAGACAGAGUACUGCCUGACGCCAGCGUGCAUCACGGUGUCGAGCAUGUUGCUGGACUCAGUGGACGCCAGUGUGGACCCAUGUGAUGACUUCUAUCGUUAUGCCUGUGGGCACUGGGUUGACACACACAUCAUACCAUCCGGACACUCGCGCUGGAACAUCUUCAGUGAGCUGCGUAAACAGAACCAGGAGGUCAUGAAGAGAGUCAUAGAGCAGCCCAUCAAUGCUUCCCAGAGUGAUGCAGAGGUGAAGGCCAAGCUGUACUACCAGUCCUGCAUGGACAAGAACAAGACCAUAGACAAGCUGGGCAGCCGCCCCCUCCAGGACCUCAUACGGCAGUUUGGUGGUUGGAGCGUCUCCAACAGGACGGGUGUGUGGAGCCCGGACACCUGGAGUCUGCAGGGGGCACUCCAGAACAUGAAAGUCUUUGGGGCUUUCUUCGUAUUCUUUGUUGGAGAAGAUGACAAAAAUUCUUCCCAGAAUAUUUUACAGGUGGACCAGGGAGGUCUAGGACUGCCAGACAGAGACUUCUACCUCAACAAAACUAUUGAUCAAGAUAAGGUGCUGUCAGCGUACCUGGACUACAUGACACUUGUGGGAGUCCUUCUGGGGGGAGAGGAGAACAACACUCGCAGUCAGAUGAGAGAAGUCAUAGAGUUUGAGAUCAAACUUGCAAAUAUUACUGUACCCAAUGAGGAAAGACGCAAUGAAGAAGACAUGUACCAUAAGAUGACCCUGUCCUCAGUUCAGACCCUGUCACCAUUUAUAGACUGGACGAGCCUGUUCAACAGCCUGCUGUCACUGGCUCCCAAUGUGAGUGUGACUGCGGCAGAGGAGGUGAAGAUCUACAUGCCUGGUUACCUGCAAAACCUGUCUGUCCUGGUCACUGAAACCCUACAGCAGGGGCAAGGCAAGAGACUACUACAGAACUACAUGAUGUGGCAUGUGGUGAAGUCUAUGACAGUGUAUCUGACAGAGGAGUUCACUGACGCACGCAACAUCCUCACAGAGGCCAUGACUGGGACCACAGGUGGGGAGGAAGUGUGGCGACACUGUAUCUCUGACACAGAUGAGGUGCUUGGAUUUGCACUCGGCUCCAUGUUCGUACGAGAGGUCUUCAAAGGAGAGAGCAAACACAAGGCUGAGUCUAUGAUUGAGGAGGUAAAGCAGGCCUUCAAGAACAAUCUGCCAAGCCUGGACUGGAUGGAUGACGACACACGCACUGCGGCUAUUGAUAAGGCCAAUGCUGUCAUUGACAUGAUUGGAUUCCCUGAAUACAUCCUCAACACAACACGGCUCAAUCAGGAAUACAAGGAUCUGGAAAUCAAUGCAUCUGAGUACUUCAACAAUAACAUACGAAACUUGUACUUUGAACUGAAAAGAAAUGCUGCACUGCUACGGAAAUCUCCAGAACCUUAUGUAUGGGACAUGACCCCGCCCACUGUAAAUGCGUACUAUACGCCUACGAAGAACGAGAUUGUGUUCCCGGCAGGCAUCUUACAGGCUCCCUUCUACAGCCAGGACUGGCCUAAAUCAUUAAAUUUUGGAGCGAUGGGGGUGGUUAUGGGGCACGAACUGACCCAUGGGUUUGAUGACCAAGGUCGGGAGUAUGACAAGUACGGCAACCUGCGUCCCUGGUGGAACAACGCCUCUGUGGAGCGGUUUGAGCAGCGCACACAGUGCAUGAUAGACCAGUACUCCAACUACACUCUCAAUGGAGAAAAUAUACGUGGAAAACAAACAUUGGGUGAAAACAUAGCAGACAAUGGAGGGCUGAAAGCAGCAUACCACGCAUAUGAGGAAUGGCUGUCAAGCCAUGAGGAGGAGCUGCCCCUGCCUGCUCUCAACCUCUCUCACAGGCAGAUCUUCUUCCUUAGCUUUGCUCAUGUGUGGUGUUCUGUGAGCACAAAAGAAGCAGACCAUUUGGGCAUCCUAAGUGACCCACACAGCCCUGGAGAAUACAGAGUGAUUGGCACCCUGUCAAACUCCUAUGAAUUUGCCAGAGAAUACAACUGUCCGAAAAAUGCACCAAUGAACCCUGAGAAAAAAUGUGUGGUUUGGUGAACAGACUUGGUGUGGAGCAACUUUACGUAUUGACUAUCAUAAACCUGAAUCCAACUAGUUUCAACUGCAUGUGCCAUCUGUACAUUUGGUUUUGUUUUAUUACUAUGAGAAUAUGCUAUGGAAAACUUGUCUGUCAUUAGCUUACCUGAGCACAAUGUGCUCAUGGUGAGCUUUUGUGAUCGCCUUUUGUCCGUCGUGCGGCAUCCAUCAUGCGGCGUCAACAUUUGCCUUGUUAACACUCUAGAGGCCACAUUUAUCUUCAUGAAAUUUGGUCAGAAGAUUGGUGUCAAUGAUAUCUGGGAUGAGUUUGAAAAUGUUUGCUUGAAAAAAACAUAGCUGCCAAGGGGCGGAGCAUUUUUCCUUCUAUGACUAUAUAUGGCUAUAGUAAACUCUUGUUAACACUCUAAAGGCCAAAUUUAUUGUCUGAUCUUCAUAAAACUUGGCCAGAAGAUUCAUCCCAAUAAUAUCUUAGACGAGUUCAAAAAUGAUGCCGGUUGGUUAAAAAACAUGGCCGCCUGGGGGCGUUUUUUUUUUCCUUAUAUGGCUAUAGUAAAACCUUGUUAACACUCUAGAGGCCACAUUUAUUUUACGAUCUUCAUGAAACUUGGUCAGAAGAUUUGUCCCAAUGAUAUCUUGGAUGAGUUUGAAAAUGGUUUCGGUUGCUUUAAAAACAUGGCCAUCAGGGGGCGGGGCAUUUUUCUACUAUGGCUAUAUAAUGCUUUAGUUAAACCUUAUUAACACUCUAGAGGCCACAUUUAUUGUCCAAUCAUCAUGAAACUUGGCCAGACAAUUUGUCCCAAUGAUAUCUUGAAUGAGUUCGAAAUGGUUCCGGUUAGUGGAAAACAUGGCCGCCAAGGGGGUGGGGCAUUUUUCCUUAUAUAGCUAUAGUAAAACCUUGUUAACACUCUAGAAGUCACAUUUAUUGUUCGAUCAUCAUGAAACUUGGUCAGAAGAUUUGUCCCAAUGAUAUUUCUGACAAGUUCGAAAAUGGUUCCAGUUGCUUGAAAAACAUGGCCACCAGGGGGCGGGGCAUUUAUCCUUAUAUGGCUUCAUGAAACUUUGUCAGAAUAUUUGUUUAAAUGAUGUCUUGGAUGUGUAUGAAAAUGGUUCUGGUCUGUUGAAAAAGCGUGGCUGCCAGGAUGUUCACUAGUCAUGAAAGUUGGUAAGAACAUUUGUUCUAAUUACAUCUUGUGCUGCACAGAACCGAUCAGUUCCUUUGAAUCCCAGGAGAGCGACUUUGGGCCUUUUAGGCUGUCUUGGUUUUAUUUUCCCACAGAGUGGGAUUCAUUAAGAAUUGCACUUGUCCUCUGAAUGUCCUUACAUACAAGCACUUGUCCUCUGAAUGUCCCUACAAACAAGCACUUGUCCUCUGAAUGUCCAUACGUACAAGCACUUGUCCUCUGAAUGUCCCUACGUACAAGAACUUGUCCUCUGAAUGUCCCUACGUACAAGCACUUGUCCUCUGAAUGUCCCUAUGUACAAGCACUUAUCCUUUGAAUGUCCCUACGUACAAGCACUUAUACUUUGAAUGUCCCUACGUACAGGCACUUGUCCUCUGAAUGUCCUUACGUACAAGCACUUGUCCUCUGAAUGUCCCUAAUACAAGCACUUGUCCUCUGAAUGUCCCUACGUAAACAUUUGUGCAGGUAUGUCCUUGAGAUUUUUUAAAACUUUCACAGUUAAAUCACCUUUAUGUGUAGAAUCAUUAAUGUUGUUGCUAAAGAAAUUUGGGCUUAAACCAUUUUUGGCAGAAUAAUGGCCUUGUGUCUGUUUAUCCAAAAUGGAAUCUAUAAUCUCAAACUUGUGUGUAGUUGAUUGUAAAGAAAGGAAUUGUGGCUGUGACAAUUUUUUUGCAGAAGUAUGACCCUUUGUCUGUGUUCCCACUAAAUAAUAUAUAGUCCCAACAUAUUGUGUUUUCAGCUCCCCUUUAUAUACUGGGUAAUAUUGAUAAACCUUCACACUUAAAUAAAAUAAUGGUCUAGAUGAUCAGGGAGAAAGGAAUUUUGGCUGUUACAUUUUGUGGAAGAAUUACAGCCCUGUCUCUAUUUUAAGCUCACCUGAGUACAAUGUGCUCAUGGGGAUCUUUUGUGAUCGCCUUUUGUCCUUCAUUGGGCGUCAACAUUUGCCUUGUUAACACUCUAGAGGCCACAUUUAUUGUCCGAUUGUCAUGAAACUUGGUAAGAUUAUUCCCAAUCAUAUCUUGGACGAGUUAAAAAUGGUUCCGGUCGGUUGACCAGAGGGCGGGGCAUUAUUCCUUAUAUGGCUUUAGUGAAACCUUGUUAACACUUUAAAGGCCACAUUUAUUGUCCGGUUUUUAUGAAACUUUGUCAGAAUAUUUGUCUCAAUUAUAUCUUGUACGAAUUCUAAAAUGGUUCGGGUUGGGUAUAAAAAAUGAUGUCAGGGGUCGGGGCAUUUUUCCAUAUAAUGCGAUAGUAAAACCUUUUUAUCACUCUAAAAGUUACAUUUAUAGUUCAAUGUUCAUGAAACUUGGUCAGGACAUUUUUUCAUAAGAUAUCUUGGGCUACACAGAACAGGUCAGUUCCUUUGUAUCUGAGGUGAGCGAGUUUCGGCUCUUUACAGCUUCUUGUUUGCGUUUUAGAAUAUAUAGUGGAUGUGUCUUGGGGGCAUUAGUGUCUGAGACACAUUAAGAGCUUGAGUGGAUGUGUCUUGGGGGCAUUAGUGUCUGUGACACAUUAAGAGCUUGAGUGGAUGUGUCUUGGGGGCAUUAGUGUCUGUGACACAUUAAGAGCUUGAGUGGAUGUGUCUUGGGGGCAUUAGUGUCUGUGACACAUUAAGAGCUUGAGUGGAUGUGUCUUGGGGGCAUUAGUGUCUGUGACACAUUAAGAGCUUGAGUGGAUGUGUCUUGGGGGCAUUAGUGUCUGUGACACAUUAAGAGCUUGAGAGGAUGUGUCUUGGGGGCAUUAGUGUCUGUGACACAUUAAGAGCUUGAUAUUCUUUUUUGCGGACGAGGUAUUGUGUUGAACCCAGUGUUAUGUGUUAUUUAUUAUGUUUGUAUAAAUAGCUUCUUUGUUCCUUAUGGGGCUUGAAUAACAAAUUGACAAAAUGAUUAUACAUUUUUACUGUACUUACAGAUAUGUGGACAGUGCUAUUUUCAGUGUUGGUAGUUCAUAUGUAUAUAUCUUGUUAUUUAUUUAGUUGCAUUGAAGCUAUUUUUAUCAAGCCAAUUGUGUGAUGUAGUGUUUGGUUGAGCUGGCAUCAAUCUGAUCUUGUCCAGACUGUAACUUGAUUUGUUUGGCAACUUUUUUGGGGCAACAAAUGAUCAAUGGGUAAUUCAUGUUUAUCAUUUUCACAACCUGUGUCUUUAACUAAAAAGUUUAAGUCUUUUGUUUUUCAAGUUAAAGAUCAAAUAUGAGCAUGUUACAGCUUGUCUGGACUGUCAAUUAAUAUUCUUAAAAUUAUUAAAGAGUAACUUUCCUCAAAUGAUCUUGGUGUAGUAAUGUUAUGUCAUGUGCUUAUUCCAUUUUAUUUAUGUAAAGGUCACUGUCACACUCUCAAAGGUGAAAUAUGGGCAUAAUUCAGCUUAAAAUGACUGUCCACAUGUGGAAACUGUUUGUUAUGCAUAUGACAUGUUGAACCUAUGCAAAAGUCAUAGUUGAACAUGUCUUAACACUUGAAAUUCCAAGGAUUGCUGACAAUAAUAUUGUGUUGAGGUUGUAAUGGUAGGUACCUUGUAAUACAACUGAGUUUCAUACUGCAGGAGCUUAUCAUGGAGGAAAGGGGGGAACUUGAAGAGGUUUACUUAGUUUAGAACCUGAUGUAUUGAGUAUAAUGUGUUAAUAUUUGUGAGAUAAUUGUUAGUCUGAGUGAUGUUGUUCCUAGAGUCAGUUCUAAUGGCCUGUCCAGUCUGCGCUCCUACAAUACCCAUUUCAUGAUUUAUUAAGGAAAGCCAGAAAGAUGAUCCAGAUUCGGCAUUGGGACAAAAUGAUAUUAAUAGCUUGGCUCUUUUUAACAUUGUGGACCAAUUUUGUGUAUAGGGUAAAUAUUGAAAUAUAGCAUUUGCUUUGUUAUACAUGUAUAUUUAUAAUUCACUGUUUUUGCUGAUCAUGUAAUACUGUACUUCAAAUGUGGCCAAAAAAAUUAAAUAAUUAUUCCCUUAACUAUGUUUUUAAUUUAGGUACAUGUACUGUUAAUAUUUUGUUUGUGUGUCUGAUCAUAAACGAAGUGGUUGUUGAUCUCAGUUAGCUGAACCUCCCUGGAGAUUCCUGGACCCAUGUCUAGUGUGUGUACUUGAUAGGGUAAGGUUGUUACUUUAAAGCUGCUGUUACACUAUUCUAAGUUCUGUGUAGGGUUGUGGUAGGAUGCAGACUUAAUUUGAUGUUUAUAUAAUAAAGGUUAAUAAGACGAAAGAGUAAAACCUGGAACACUCUUUAACUUACCAAAAUUAACCUGAUAUGUACAAACUGAAUUAGCAUAAAUAACAUGCUUGAACUGUGUCCUUUAAUCCUACUCAGUAUAGUUUGUACGCUUGUUUCACAGGUUUGAUGCCAACAUUACAGUAGUUUAGUGGGUAUUCAUUUAUCUAUCGUACUCAAUUCCAGUAAAGAAAUUAAACUAUAUACAAAGUAAUGGAAUAAUAUGGAAAUAUUCCUGCAUGGUCAGUGUCCGGUUUGUAUUGGCAAGCUUUACAUAUAAAGUUUGCACAUUUUUGCAAGCAGAAAGUUUAGUAAUUAUUUGAAAAUACAUUAAGUUUCACACAAAAACAACUUCAAGUAGUGAAACUUUGAUACCAUAAAUGUUGUAGAUGCUUGAUACAGGUACCUAUUGUGUGUAUAGGUGCCUGCUUCAUAGUAGGUCUUGUGCUACAUGAGCUGAGGCAUGUUGGAAUUGCUAAUGAACGAAUGUAUGACCUAUUCAUAUUUUAAUAAUAAUGUCAUGAGCACUGCUGUCAGUGUGUGUCAUGGUUGUCAGUUUUAGUUGUCACUACAGACCGAUAUUAUUAAACCAGGGAUGGUUCAUGUGCAUAUGUAUAUUAUAGAAGUUAUUAUUUGUUGUUGCUGUUUGAAAUAAAUCCAACCAAUUACA